CCGCUCAUUCGCACCGCGGCCGCCGUUGGUGACGCACGCGUAAUCCGCUAAAAGCUGGUUCCACGCAUUUCUGUCUCCCGUGAGACUGCUCGCGUUGUCACCAUCCGCGUAUAACAUCGUCGGUAUAAAAAUAAAGCCGGCGACAGACGGCGGUGUCUCGGGUUAAAUUUAAAUGAUAUCGCGGACGCUGUGCCGGGCUCGUCUCGGACUCUCGCCGACAUGAGAAUAAGUCGGGGCAUAGUGUGCGAGUGCUCGGGCGUGAGCGCGUGCCCCGACGGCUCCGCCAACAGCACCUGCACCACCCAGCCUGGGGGCUACUGCUUCGUCACCGUCGAAGAAGUGUUGGACGACAAUGGCCUGGUCGUCCUCGAGCGGACCGCUGGCUGCCUGCCUCCGGACGAGUCUGGAUUUAUGCAGUGCAAAAGCUCACAAGUUCCACACCAGCAUCCAAAAGUUAUAGAAUGCUGCGAGAAGGACUACUGCAACCGACGGCUUCAGCCGCAACUGCCGGAACCUCCGCCCGACGUCACCGAAACCCCAGGACUUCGACCCUCAGGCACAGUUCCCCACACGGCACUAGUUGCUGCGGCAUUGUGCGUGGCGCUACUGGCAUUCCUCGCAGCGUUCUGGCUUCUAUUCAGGAUGCGCAGGAGGGGCUGCAAGAGACCUCCUUCCCCACCCGCGCCUGCGCACCACGCGGAAAUCUCUUCGGGCUCAGGGUCCGGGCUACCCUUACUCGUCCAGAGAACGGUCGCGAAACAAAUACAAAUGGUAGAAUCUAUUGGCAAAGGGCGCUACGGAGAAGUUUGGUUAGCACGAUGGCGCGGCGAAAAGGUGGCCGUCAAAGUUUUCUUCACAACUGAAGAGGCUUCCUGGUUCCGUGAAACGGAAAUAUACCAGACAGUUCUCAUGCGACACGAAAAUAUCCUCGGAUUCAUCGCAGCAGAUAUCAAGGGAACGGGCUCAUGGACGCAGAUGCUUCUAAUCACGGAUUAUCACGAGAACGGAUCUCUACAUGAUUACUUACAAACUGUUGUGUUAGACACGCAUGGCUUGAUGACGAUGGCCUAUUCUAUCGUGAGCGGGUUGGCCCAUCUACAUAUGGAUAUAUUCGGGACUAAAGGGAAACCUGCCAUCGCGCACAGAGAUAUAAAGAGCAAAAAUAUACUCGUCAAAAAGAAUGGGCAGUGCGCGAUUGCCGAUUUCGGUCUCGCUGUCAGAUACGUUGCGGAGAGAAACGAGGUGGACAUAGCGCCGAACACUCGCGUGGGAACGAGACGGUAUAUGGCGCCGGAAGUUUUGGACGAGAAGUUGGACGUCACAAAUUUUGAAGCUUUCAAAAUGGCCGACAUGUAUUCCCUAGGUUUGGUCCUAUGGGAAAUGUGCAGGAGAUGCACGACCGGGGAGAAAGCUCAGUACGUGGAAGCAUACGCGCUGCCGUAUCACGAAUACGUGCCCUCGGAUCCUUCGUUUGACGACAUGCACGCUGUGGUCGUUGGGAAGAGGAUAAGGCCGCCGCAGCCGGCGCGCUGGAAGUCGUCUGCGACGCUGCAAGCGCUGUCGGCGCUGAUGGCGGAGUGCUGGCAUCACAACCCGCCCGUGCGACUCACAGCUCUGCGCGUCAAGAAGACACUUGCGAAGUUCCGCGCGGAAAGCGCUGUGAAACUCGUGUGAUCGCGAGACUGUUCCUGUAAAUACGACUUCGUGAGGCGCCGCCUCGAGUUCCUCCUAUUUAUUGCGUCGCGAACGACGACGCGAACAUUUAUCCAUCAGAGUGCCAAGUGUGAGAAGUUCUACCUACGUUUGCGUUUCAGAUCGCGUGAAGUUAAUUGCGAUUUAUAUAGUAUCGAAACAACGCCAUCUAGUGACAGUACGGUUUCCCAGUAUUAUAACUAGCUCCUUCGAUAAUUAACUUACACGCGAUUGGAUAAGUAAACGUAGGUGAAAAAUUUCACACUGCACUCAGUGCCCCAUCGAUUAUGAAUUCCGACCACCGCCGUUUUGUAAAAUCUCAGUAUUGUUAAGUUUAUAUCCUACCAGUGAUUUCGUAUGAAAACCUAUAGCACGCUCACGGAAUACUUAUUAAGAAUUUCGUUCGUAAACAUGGUAUAUAUGUCUCUCAAUCUGCAAUGAAGCGAGAAAGCAAUACAUUUAUCACGAAGACGCCUACUACCUGUUUCUAGCCAUUUUAAAUAAGCUACAAUUUUUUUUUUGUAAUAUUAUAUAAUGUAGAAAAAUCACUUAUUUUGCCUGUGUCAUAUUAAAACAGGCUACAAGAACUGAUAUCAAAAUACAAUUAAAAACGCAAAACAGGCACUUUUCUACGAUCAUGAAUUUUCUUAUCGUUCGCCUACAAAUCUGUUACUUUCUCGCUCUUACGGAAUACUAACGUGAGAAUUCGACAGAGACAAAUAUACGUGUAUCUAUUUUGUGUGCAACUUUUAUUCGCGUGCCGGAAUCUCCUCAACUUUGGGUUAUUUAAAACUACCGUCUUUUUUUGUAACAUUGUUAUUAUAUGUAUUACGUAGGGUUAAGAAUGUUUUUUGUAAUAGAUGAAAAUUGUCUUCCGUUUCGAUAAGUGACUCGCUCGAUGGCAGCUCGCGGAAGGGCCGUAGACAAGGUAAUACUCAGAUUACAGCUCCAUACACUUGGCCUUAUUAUAACUGCGGAUAGUGCAGAAAAAAAAUAUAAAAUUUAUAUUACUCGCAAUAAUUUAACAGGUAAUCAAAUAAAAGCCCUCGACCACUGACCGUUUGUUAUGUCUUCCCAUUAUCUCGUGUGUAGAAAAAAUACGAGUAACUGGUAGAGACAAUUAUCUCGUGGAACGCAUACUAACUAGCCACGCUGGGGUUUAUUAUUACUGUUUAUAUGACAUAGACAGCAGUGAUUGUAAAUUGAGACACAAGCCAGUUUAGUGUGACACUAUACUGGCUGUCUACAAGGCACUUUUAGUGUGGUAGUAAAUUGGUCAUUGCCCAAGUUUAAACAUUCUUAUGUAGCGCCUCCUAGAGGCAUAUGACCUAAAACCAUGUUUAGAAACAUUCUAUUGCAGAGGGUUACAAAAUUAAAUAACAAUAAAAAUAACAAUUAUCUAAAAUAUAAUUAUUAAUUUAUAAGCUGUUUUCACUAAAGUUUUCUUUUGAAUGGUAUUUGGUGAACUUUGAUACAUAAAAUCAAUUAUAAGGUACCAGUACAAGGUAGAUUCUGUACCAACGGGAACGCCGUUGGUACAGAAUCUACGAAUGGCCAUACACGUGUGUGGAGCUGUGUGCAAUCUGCUGGAGAUGAAAUACGCGACAUGAAUUAUUGUGAUAUUACGACAAUAAGGGAAUAUUAAUUUUUAAUUGGAAAUUGUCUUCUACGAACAACGUAUCCUUUGAAUACAUUGGGCCUGCUGUUGACUUUAUGCAGAAAUCUAUGCAUCCUGAUUUCUUUAUGGCACUGACUUCGUGGAUCUUGUGACGUCAAAUUUGGCACCUCUUAAUACAUUAACGGAUUAGAAUUUUACAGGGCUCUUAUUCGUCCCUUACAUAAAAAACGUUAAUUUUCAAUCAAGAAAAUCAGUCUUCUACUGGCGUUCGUCGCGAGCAGACGUGUACUGAAUGCCAAGUGUCAGAUUUUCCACGUACGUUUACUUCGCGUUUGAUCGGCUUAAAGUUAACAACGUUAUAUAUGGUGUAGAAAUAGCGCCAUCUAGUGAAUGCGGUUUCCCAGUAUUGUAACUAGAUGUCGCUCCUUCGAUACCGUAUGAAUCGUGGUUAUCUUAAGCGCGAUUGGAUAAUAAAACACACUUUGCAGAGGAAACUGCAAGUCUUUGAUUGCAAGUCUUGGAUUUAAAGGGAAUGAUAUGUUGAUAGCAGGCCCCCGUAAUUUACGAAAAAAUGUUUCUAAUAUUGUUUUGUGUUAUCGCGUAUGUAUCUGUUCGGUUGUACUUAAAAGAUGAAAAAGACUAAAAUGUGGAAGUAUUAGAGAUAAAUGGUCAAGUGCAGUGUCUUAUGAGAUGCCUUCGAUUAGUAUUAACAUGAAGUUUUGUAUUGCGACACUCUUGCUUUGAAAUUUUUUCCACCAUCUUAAUGUAACAAGUAUUCUCAGAAAUUUGAAUUUAUGAAUUUUAUCUGGUAAUAAUUUCGUAUUGGGGACUUAAUUGUGUAUUGCAGCAAUGUGAACAAUUUUCUUAUGAAUGUAUUAGUUUGAUAUGAUGUAUGGAACCAUUUCAAAUUGGUCCUCUGAGCUGUAUAUAAACCUUAAUAAAAUGCCAAUAUAAAUUUAGUUUAUUUCGUUUACGAAUUCCAUUGUUAUUCAUUGUUAACAUUAUCAAAAUUUUGUUAAACUGGAUUUAAAAAAAAUUUCGUUAUUUGCAAAUUGAUAUUGUUAAACGAUGCAUAAAUUUCAUAUUUCUUUUAAGUGUCGCUGGUAAAUGAUGGAAGUGAUUCGAUUGAAGGUUAUUAGUUGCAGUGUUAAUGAAUGUUACGGUCUUUAUGAAAAGUAUUAUACUACAAAAAACUAAGCGAAUAAUGUUUUUUGUAGAAACCAGUAAUAAUGUCUCGUUAGACAUUUCUAUACUCUUUGAGACUUUUUGUUCAACUUUUCACUGCAUUAUAGCUUUGUUGUAUCUUCGUUUACCUGCGACAUUACAGGGCCUUAUUAUGAACGUGGCAUAAUAUUAGAAUAGUGAUUUCCCGCGCUCUGGCAUUCAAAAGGUGGCAGACAUGCAAAGUCCUACAUAACUGAUCCGCCGUUAUGCCACGAUUAUUAAUCGUAGGGAAAUGAGAUGGAUGAAAUUUCAAAGCAAGCGUCCGCUAGCAUUUAGUGUGCGUCCUCGCGCUCUGUACAGUGUUGUGUAUAUAUAGAUAUAGAUUAGUGCCUAAUAAAUGUUGCUAAUUAAGUUACAAAUAAAAUAUUAAUGGACAUUCA